AGGGGAGCGCGCGCUGAGCCCGACAGCCGGGCCGGGCCGGGCCGGGCCGGGCGGGCAGCCGGCGGAGAAGGAGGGCACCGGAGCAGGUGGGCGAGCGGCGGGCCGGCCACGCCGGCUGCGGGCCCGCCUGGCCGCGGUCGCGGGCCCCCAUGGCCGCGGCGCGCCCGCCGCACACACCCACCGCCGCCCCCCGGUGAGCGCCGCCGCCGCCCCUUGGGCACCUCGGCGGGGCCGCUGCCCGCGGCCGGGGCUGAGCGCGGCGGGAGGCGGCCGGGCCGGGCCGGCCGGGCGGAGGCACCAUGCAGGCACGGCGCUUGGCCAAGCGCUCCAGCAUGGGCAGCCGGCGGCUGAGCGCGGCGGCGCCGCAGGUGGACGCGGUCCGGCCCCCCAAACCCGAGAGCGCCUGGAGGCCGCCCCGGCGGGAAGGCUCCGCUGCGGCGCUGGAAGAAGAGGACGAAGACGAGGACGUGGUGGUUGAGGUGGAGGAGGAAGAGGAGGAGGAGGAGGGCGGCCUGGGGAGCGCCCCCCCCGCGCUGGCCGGCCACGGCAAGGGCCCCCUCCGGGGGAGCCUUAAGGCAGCUAACAUCAAGCGUGAAAUGACCUUCCAUGCAUUUCAACAGGAGGAUGUAAAAAGUGACAUCAGUCGAAAACUGCCAGACCAACAGUUUCUCCUGUUCACCACAAAGGAGGAAGAUUUAAAAACAGCAGAGACCAAAAAACUUAACAGAGCUCAUGAGUAUGAAAAAGAAAACACUCGUUCUGUUUGUCUUCUGGAACAGAAGCGCAAGGUUGUUUCUUCAAAUAUUGAUGUGCCUCCAGCAAGGAAAUCUUUGGAAGAACUGGACAUGGAUAAAGUAACAGCAGCCAUGGUACUAACCAGUUUGUCCACCAGCCCUUUGGUCCGCAGCCCUCCUGUCCGACCCAACGAAUCCCUGAAUGGAUCUUGGAAAGAAGGAGGAUUUGUGCCUUCUAGUACCAGCAGCAGUGGAUACUGGAGCUGGAAUGCUCCCAGUGACCAGUCCAACCCAUCCACCCCAUCUCCACCUCUGUCAGCUGAUAGCUUCAAAGCUUUUCGGACGCCUUCCCAGCCAGAUGAUGGUAUUGAUGAAGGUGAAACAAGCAACCUUCUCUUCGAUGAACCCAUUCCUAGGAAGAGAAAGAACUCCAUGAAGGUGAUGUUCAAAUGCCUCUGGAAGAACUGUGGGAAGGUACUGAGCACAGCUGCAGGGAUUCAGAAACACAUACGGACCAUUCACCUUGGACGAGUAGGAGAGUCUGACUACAGCGAUGGAGAGGAGGAUUUUUACUAUACAGAAAUCAGGCUCAACACGGACUCAGUAGCUGAUGGCUUAAGCAGUCUUUCUCCAGUCUCUCCAUCUUUAGCAUCUCCUCCUUCCCUUCCUACCCAAGAAGCAAUCCGUCCUGAAACUUCCUGUGCCAAAACCGAGACUAAAGUGAUGACACCUCUGAGCCGCUCAGCUCCUACCAACCUCUACCUCGUACACACGGACCAUGCUUACCAGGCCACUCCUCCGGUGAACAUUCCAGGGUCAGCAAAAUUCACUCCCAAUGGCAGUAGCUUUAGCAUCUCUUGGCAGUCGCCUCCAGUUACCUUCACCGGCAUUCCAGUCUCACCAACCCAUAAUCGUCCUGCAGGGAGUGGAGAGCAGAAACAGUCCCACACAGUUCUUUCAUCACCGCCUAGAGUAGCAUUUGGCUUGAGGAAGCCUAGAGGGGAGGGGAAAAAGUGUCGGAAGGUCUAUGGGAUGGAGAACAGAGACAUGUGGUGCACUGCCUGCCGAUGGAAGAAGGCCUGCCAAAGGUUCAUCGACUAACGAUUGAAAUUAUGCAGAGGAUUUGGGGAGGGGGAGGACAACAGCAGAAGCAGAUUGCUGCAGCUGCACUGUAUCACUUCCCAUUUUCCCCUCCAGUGAUGUGGUUUUGGGAGUUUUGGUUUUUUGGGGUGUUUUUUCUUUGGGUUUUUGGUUUUUUUUUUUAAGAGCUUUGUAUUUCAAAAUGAAGCACUUGUAGCCAAGGAGAAGCACUAAUUAAAACCUGUGUGGAGCAAUAGAGCAAAAAAAAAAAAAAAAGCAAAACCAAGACCACACAACAAAAUCUGUCUCAGUAAGUGUGGAAAACAGAGCAGCUAUUAGUGUUCUUCUGUAAAAGAAAGGAAAGUGUUAAUUAUUUUGCUAACUCUGUGAGCUGCUUGCUCCCUAGGAUCAUUUUUAACCAUUUCAGUCUUUCUGCUGUGAACAUCUGUAUUUGCUAAACUGAACAAUUUUUCUUUUCCUGAAAUGAAGAUCUCUUUUUGAAAGCUUUCUAAUAAACACUUCAGAGUCGUAUAAGCUACAGUUUUCUCAACAAAAGCUGUACUAAGACUGGAGACUGCUAAAUAAUUCUCCUGAUACAAAUGAUCAUGAUUAUAUUUUUGAAAAGGGCAUGUGGGAAAGCAUUGGGAUUUUCAUUUGAUUGUUUAUAGGAGAAAAGCAAAGCUGAUUUUGCAAGAAGGACAAGCAGCACUCCUGGAAGUUUUUUAAAAGAGGCACAGACCAAUGGAGUGGAACAAAGUAAUUUGAGUACCAAAUUGGAUUUUGAUCCUCUAGAGGAAGAAAAGCAGCAAUGGCAACUCACCAGCAGAUACUGUCACGAGAAGUCUGAGGGAAGAGAUACAGUGAUGCUUGAUUGAAACCCACAAGGAUAUAAGGGGGCUCCAGUAGCUUUUCUUAUUACUCUCCCCUUUCUGAGGGGGGAUGAACAGUUGGACCAGCACAGCUGUUGCUGCAGGAGGCCUGUGAAGAACUGGUAAAUGCAGCCACUAGGAUUAUCUGUAAUAUCUAAUUCAGGGAAAUGAUCCAGCCCAGCAGUUCUGCUUUUGCUUCCUUUUCUCUUAUUUCAGAGAUUGUUGUUAAGAUAAUGGUUCGUUCAGUUUUUCUUUUAAAGUUAAUAAGAUUUAUUUGAUACAAAAAAUUGGUAGAGAAAAGAAAAUACUCUCUUUACACAACAUCAUCUCAGAAAAAGUACAACAGCAAAGGAGCAACAUAUUUGUGGUAAAAGACCAUUUCUUAACUCAUUUUGAUACAUGAAUUAAUGAGUUUCUCUGUUUGCAGUACUUGGAUUGUUUUGGGUAUUUCAGUUUCUCUGUCCAUUAGGAAGUAUACACUGGAAUGUGGCAGCCUGGAAUUCUGUGUCCACUUGUAUCAAAUUACUGUUAAUUAAUGAUUAUUUCAAUGCAAAAAUAAAGGAAGGAUUUACUAGGAAAUGAAUGUAUAUGGCGAAAUAAUACUUGCCUGUUAAAGAAAAUGAGACACCUUAAAAAAAUCAAAGGCACAGAAGCAAAACUUUGUCUAUUAAUAGAGACUGAAGGGCCACAAAUGCCUGUGUUAUUUUUUUCAGAACAUUUGAACCAAUUGAAAUUAGACCAAAUCUUUUUCUAUUUUUCUUUUAAUUGUUUAAGCUGGCUAAUUCUCAUAAGAGGACUUUUAAGUAUCUAAACAGCUUUCUAAAAUCUGGUCCAAAGUUCACUUGAUAGCUUUAUUAAGUGUGCAGCACUGCUUGUGUCUGUGUAAAAGCACAAAACAACAAUGCAGUUGUUUGGAUACACUGUGGAUUCCAUAGCUUAGCAGUGAAAAGGAGAAUCCAUAAUAGGAGCUACUGAAGGUUAUCAUCUGAUUUUCUGUGAGCAAGUUAAUUGGGCAAUCAGGUGCCUAAUUUGAACAUGCUAUUUCUGCAGUUAUUUACAAAUUGUGUAAUUUAGAUGCACAAGUGGCAAGAUACGCUUGCAUGAAUGCAGUUACUUAGUUACUUGAUUUUUUGCCCAAUUGUGUUCUCUAAGUCACAAAAAAAAAAAAGACUCUGAAAUCCAUUAAGACCGUGAGAUAUAUAUACACAUAUGAGCGUGUAUGAGUAUUUUUGUAUUUGUGUGUGUAUAUACAUGUAAAACUAUAUAUAUUAUAUAGUUUUAUAUGUGUAUAUAAAAUCUGAAAUUAACAGGGAAGAGAAAGAUUGUUUUCUUUACAAAUAGAAAAAAAAGACACUAAGGGUUAGUGGAUAUACUGAUCUGUAUUAUCUUCUUUCCUCUUAGUAAAACAUGGAUUUUCUUUACAAGUUGUAUUUUUUCAAUUUCCACUGUUAAAUACCUCAUAGUAAUUCACAGACAUUUCAUCUUCAAACACUGGGUUUGCUGAUUGUGUACUUAGAUAAAACUUUAAAAAUUUGGGAUUUUCCCAAGAUAUUCCUACCAAUUUGUUCCCUGCAUUUUAAAAGCUCUUCAAGACUAUAAAGCAUUCCAUAAUUCAACUGUUGUUGGACUAACAGUUUUUGCCUAUAUAUUUGUUGUUCACCUCCUUUUUGCUUUGGAGGAUUUUUUUUUAAAAUAAUGUAUCAGAUUGUAUAUUGUUUCUAUAAUGUCAUGGCAUUGUGAGCAAUUUUCCCAAGGGCACUUUAUGAAUUAUUAUAAUAAGAUUAUUCUUUUAAAACUUCUGCACAGAAGAAUGGUUUUGUUGCCAGACCAGAUUGCCCUCUGGUACAAAUUGAAUAUGGAUUACAUAAAGGACUAAAGCCACAAACCAUCAAAACUGGAGAGAAAGUUGGUGUUAACGAGUCAGAAGGUAUUGCUAAAUCCUGCCAGGACAAAGCUAAAUUACCAGUAUUUUUACUCAACCUUUAAUCAGUGUUUUAUAUUAAAUCAGCUUUGGAUCUUACAGCUAUGGUAUUUAAUUCAUAGUAGGCACUUGUGGAGGUCCGUGUCUGAAGCAAGGCCAGCGAUAGCGCGACAGCCCGGAGCGUUCUGCAGUCACUCUGUGCUGUGAGCUCCGAUUAACUCUUGUUGCACGAGCAGUUCAGCACCUGCCAAGAUCCCCUCUGUGACCCCUCACACAGCCAGCAGGAGCAGGAGCGCCAGCUAAACCUUCCUUCUGCUGGCAGUACCGAUCGUAAUCUGGAGCAAUCGCUUCCAUUUUUCAGUCUCUUGCUUCUGCGUUGCUUUGGGUGGUGUUGUCCUCCUGACACCUCAUUUAUCUGACACUUCUGCACUGACCAGUCCAAAAUAGUCAAAUUUCUUUGUUCUCCUGAGGUGGAGCUAGCCUGAGUGCUGUGGCAUUUAUUGUCAUCACUACCUGCCAGUUCCAGGUUUUGGUUUCUCUGUGGGAGGUAGGUCAUUGUGUCAGACCCCCCCCUGAGAAGUCAGAAGGAAUGUCUUGAACACAUCAUGCAGUGUCUGUGUGCUACAGGGAAUUGGAUGGGGGUUCAUCUAUGUCAAGAACCAGAACUUGAUAUAAAAAUGUAAGGAUCUGUUUUAUUGUCAAUAGUAUUGACGCUGGUAACAGAAAUUGCUAGCAUCAGAAUCAGAGUGGAGAUCAACCAUACUCAUGCCAAAUAUUUUUCUUUAGGAGUUUCCUUGUUAAAACAAAGCUAUUUCCCAAUUCCCCAUUCACCCCAUCCCCCAAAAGAUCUGGAAAACGAGAUAAUUUUAUAAGUGGGAAAUUUUAAUUGCAAUUUUUAAUAUUGAUUGUGCUCCAGCUGCUCCUGUAUGAAGCUAUUGAACAUUAAAACUCAGAUCAUCUUAGUUCAUAAAAGAGUUUCCACACAAAACAAUGUGCCUGAUUCUCUAGUGCCUUGCACAAACGCAACAGGAUAUACAAGAUGCAAAGUGAGUAAAACUUCUUCUAUUCCAAUUUGCAAGUUUACACUUUUAACCAAUACCAGUCAUCACCUAACAGAUACCUGUUGGCAGGUCAGCCCUGCUUGUGUGAGUAAGCUGAGCAGAAUGCCUGUCUGUCAGAUAACUUUUCCCAAAUCCUUAGCUUGGUAUGAAUGUUAGCUAUCUAAUUAUCUACAAGUUCCUUGCAGCCAUUGGCUAUCUUUAUUGCUUCUCCCUUUCGUUUUUCACAAUAAUGACUAGAUAGGCAGCACAACAGGAGGUAAAGCUUUAGCCAAAAGCUCUUGUAGAACUUGCACGAUUGAUUCCAGCACCAUGCUAUGUCCCAGAUGUUCUUGGCACUAAUUUCAUUUUGUCAUUCAUUCUGAUCCAGUACAUUGGGAUGGUUCUCUAUUGCUUGCUGUGGCCUGGGACCAGCUAAAAUGGCCCUGUUGAGAAUCCAGGACAAUCGCUCGAAGUGUCGCACUUCAAAGUGAUUUCUUUCUUGUGCUGCCUGUAAAUGUGUUGGAACAUGAUCUUGGAAGCAGGACAUGGAAUUAGAGGCUUGCUAGCCAUUUGCAGAGAUGUUGGAGGUUGCCAGUGAGGCUUCCUUCUCUUGGUUCAAAGUCAUAGGCAUCUGCUGAAGAAAGUUGUGCUGCGCCUUUUCUUAGAAAUAUUUUGAUACGGAAACAUUUGUAAAGCCUCAUCUUGAUCUUAUAUUUAUAUUUUAUUCAAUCUUCCUGUUAGGUGGUAGCACUGGAACUGAGAGCAGUAUGGAGUUUGGGCUUUAAUCUGCAUUUGUCAGGCUUUUCUAGUACAUAACAAGGCAGGUAUAAGGUAUCAUAGUGUAGAUUUUAUUCUAAUACAAGUUCAGCAGAGAUUUAUGGCACCUUUGUAAAAUACCCAGAUGGAAGUAAUGGACAGGAAUUAAGCUGAGCAUUUUAAUACACUCUCUGUAUUCUAGAUGGGAGCAGCCUUUCUUUGCAUCCAUAUGGAGCUGGAAAAUCUUGACAGCCAGUGUACACCUUGAGAGUGCCCACUUGAACUGCUCUUUCCAUCUCGGGCUACAGUGCUUUCACAUUGACCCUGCUCUCAGUUCUACCCAAAUGUGGGAUUUAAGGAGGUGUGUGUCUCCACUUGCAACUUUUUGAGCUUAUUCCUCAAUACAGAAAGCACUCAUCAUGUUCUUUGUGCUUCACACAGACCAUGUGUAACAGCAAUGCAGAAGGACUCUGGGAACAGGGAAAUCAGCCUGUUUCAGGUGGCACCAGCCAGAAGAAAGUACAGGCUGCUCUGGUGUUUGCUCAGCUUCACAGCAAGAAUUUGUUCAGCUGAUUACAUAGAAUAGAUAAAUUUAGUAACAAGCUGGUGUUUUGCUGGUUUUUGACGCAUCUUAACACCUAGAAUUUUCUCCUUCUGAAUUUGAAUCUGAAUGUGAGAUCUCUCAUACACCCUUGAGGGAAAUUAAUUUAGCAAUAUAAAUGCUCUUUCAGCAUUAAAUCUGGAUUCUUUAUGUAACUAAAAUCUAAAGAUGCGCUUGAACUUUAUAAAUGUUUGAGUGUUGGUAUUUACUGCUUGCUAAUCCUCUUAAAGAUUCAGGUUUGAUUCUGGAGUCCUUAACAUAAUAUUUGAUACCCAGCAUCAAUUAAUGAUGAUAUUUAAUGGCAAUGGCCAGAUAAACAAAAGUUACUAAAAUGUUGGUAAAAAGCAGUUUCUGGAAGAUAUGGAAAAAGAAAACAGUUGAAACAGAUUUCCUCAGGGAACAUGAGAGGGCUGUGAAAGCAGAAUGCAAGUUUGUUUGAAUGGAAGAUGUCUAAGAAAAUGAUUUUUUUUUCUAUUUUUAGGCAAAAUGAAAAGAGCAAUAUGUCACUACUUGAAUUAUUAAAAUUAGAACAAAGCACUAAUUGAUGAACAUGAUCUUACUUAAUGCUGUAGCUUAGGAAUUUCCAAAUACAAAGAAAAAGUUACAUAAAAAUACAGAAAAUUAGCUUAAAUCAUAACCUAAUUAUAAUGUAAAUUUAUACAUUUGUGUAAAUCUUUUCAGGUUCUAGUGUAAAUAUAAGGGCUUCUUGUCUACAAAGUUGCUUGGUCAAAACAUGCUUUGUCUAUAAUUGAAUUACUUUUAACCAAAUUAUUUCAGCAAGCAAAAAAGCAGUAUGUCAGCAUGAUAUCCUGGGGAGUUGUGUACUGCACUUUGCAAAGGGCUAGUUCUGCAUGAAAUUAAAAGAAAACAUGUCAUCACAUAUUUUCUGUCAUGUCUGCAAAGGCAUCAGCUUCAGUAAACCCAAGGUUUUUAAUUGGGCUGUCUAGGAUUUUGAAAUUCCACAAGUUUUGCAAAUUCUCAAUUUUGUUUUAUUUUAACACAGAAAAAUUCUAUUUGAUCCAUAAUAAUAUUUUCCUAUCAAUUAUUUUUCCUGUGUCCAGGCACUCUGUCUUGCAACUUCCCAAAUGUGUACAGUGAAGUGAAUAAAAAUCAGCAUCUUCAGUAUUAGGAGCUACAAAUGUAAAUAGCAUUUACAAGGUAUCAGAAUUUUUAGUAUCAAUGUUUAAAUGUAGUAAUUAAUUCUUAAAGUGAUGCCAACAAUCUUUGAGGGAAGGGGAGCACAUAGUCUGUAAAUUAAGAAGUGCAACUGUACAGACAUAGAACUGCUGGUAUUGCAAGAAUAAUAUGUAGGCUUAGGUUUAUCAGAACACUCGAGUCUGUGUUUACCUCCACCUGUGGAGUUUGUUGAUGAGACUCUUCAUGUUCCUAAAGUUUGGCACACAUUUUUGAGCUCUUCUGAAAUCAGGUCUUGGCAAGAGCAGAUACUCCUAUAGCUUUGUCUGAAAUAUGCACUUUGUGGGACAAUCUACCUUUUCCUGGAUUUAUGCAAUUUAUCUUGUGUUUAGAAGACCAGACAAAUUUACAGAAUUUUUUUUAUUAUGGCUUUUUGUAUUGCAUAUGAGAAGGUGAAAAAGAGACAAGUUCAGCUGUACAUUUCAGCACGUGAAAACACUGGCUAAGUUUGUAAAAGCUGUAUAUUUGACAUCAAGCUCAAAGAAACAUACUUGAGCUCACUGAAAAAAAAAAUACAUGAUAAGCAAGUCACAUUAAAUAAAUUUCUCACGUUCCAUCUGUAUUUCCUGUACACUCAACACUCCUCCAGGCAACAGGCGGCAUGGGAGCUAUGAGUAUGCAAGGAAAUAAAUGAGUUUACCUAAAAACUUUGGGAAUACUAUGUUUUUAAGCCACAAAUUAUGUUGCCUAUGUGUAAUUUUUAGUGUUAGAAGAAAAUAGACAGUAGCCUUAUUAACCAGGUGCAAUACUUAAAAAGGGCUAAAUUAGGGAAACAAGUGAUGUGUUUGUACAUCACUGCAAGCAUGCGCUCUCUGAAAAUGAACUUUUAUAGCACGGGGAUCUUAAUACCUCUCUGAAAUUAUAAUGUUGGUAUAAUUUUAUAACUGCUUAUUAUACAUUAUGAAACAGGAUUGGGAAUUCCUAAAAACCAAAAGGAGGAGGGAGAAAUUGUAAAUCACAUAGACUAGUGGUAUGUUGUUUUCCAUGACAAAAGGAUACUAAAACACUUUACAAAGCCAUACAAAUUCUGUAUUAUUGAAAGAAAAAAAAAAAAAAACAAACUACUCCCCUUGGUUUCAGAGGUAGUUUAGUCUAAAAUUUCCUGUGAUUUGUCUGUUGCAUUUUCUCAAAGUUUUGGGGUUUUUUUGUAUUCUGAUGGUGAAAACAUUCCUAAAUUUACCAGUAUUUGGCUUGAAUGGUAUCGUUUUAAAAAAAGCUUUUAAAAUUGAGUUCUUCGUGAUACUGUGCAGUCUGAAUGAGAUCAUGCAACAUGAUCUGCUCCAGCUUAAGUAGAGAGAGUUCAUAUAAGCAGAAGAUUACAGGAAAAUACUGUAUUGAGCAUUCAUUGUUCAGUCAUGAGAAAGAUCUGAACAAUCAAACUAAAAGCUGCACUCACAUGUUUCUUCUCUCCAUCUGCACACUGCAGGGUUGAUGGAAUACAGGCUGCCACGUGUAUUUGGCUAUCUCACCCCUGUUUGCGGAUUUUUUUUUUGCUGAUAAAUAAUGAAACACAUAUCAGAGAGAUCUUCCCAUCUCUCUUACUGUUUUUGUCUUGUGCUCUGAGUCCAGAAUUAACUGUAAGACAGAAAUAAUCAGGUCUGUUGAACAGAGACUAGUUUGAUUCUUUCCCUGUUUGACAAACUUCUAACAAGGGCCAAAGUACAAAUGCAGAGACAUUUGUCAAAAAGGGCUUGAGCCAGUCAGACAAGACCUGAAAAAAAUUGCUCGCAAUUGGAUCCCAGCAGGAGGAAACUAGUCUUAAGCAGUCAAUUACAGAAGUUCUGUGGUUGAUUUUUGGUGUUUUGGGGUCUUUUUUUUUGUGAAUUCCAAGUCUGGUAAAAUGCAGAUCACAUUGUAAGAAGCUGAGCCCUCAAAACAAUACAGGUUUUCUCAGGAGAGUUCAGUUAUUCCCAUGAAUAGCUUCAUUGGCCAGGGCUGUUCACACAGGUAAUGGUUGUAGAACAAGGGCACGUGGGUUUUCCUCUGUGUACUUCCCACUGGGAUUGGGAGUGUGAAAUUGUGAAUCUCCCUUUCUGAGGGCUUGGGAAUUGUGCAUUCAGCUUUGUGAGAGGGAUGGAUACAGUGGAUACCUCUGCACAUGUGCAGGGCUCUUGGAAGAGUUUCUAGUAAUACCAAAGUGGCAGUACUCUGGAUGUGUUACCUAAUGACAGAUUUAAGAGCUGUUAGGCUGGAGGUAUUCAGCCUGUAAUCUGUUCUACUGAUGCCAGCCCCAGGGAGAAGGAGGUUUCUCAGUAUGGGAUCCAGGACAGCCAGCCCAAUUUGAAAGGGGUCCACACCACCAUAUCCCUGUGCUGUUGGCUCAAGUGCUGCCUUUGCUGUGUCCAGCUAGAGGGAGUUGGUUAUCCAUGUGCAUUCAUUACAUGUUCAUAGUACAGAACACUUUUUUGAAGAGGAAGAUUCUCUUUUUCAGCUAUUAAAAUAAAACUGUGGGAUAGUUUUGAAGUUCUAGAUGAAUGAGUCACAGCAUUGUCAAACUUAGGAUCAGGCAUGGUGGUUUCCCUUCUUCCAGAGCCAUGCUGCAGCUCCUGUGGCAGGUCUCACAGAGCCCUGGAACCUCAGCCAAGUUUUUCCCAAACAUUUUCUGGGACCCAGCACUGAGCCCUAAACCAAGUUGGACCCCCAAAUAAAGGAGGCUCUUUCCAGCUCUUUCCCAACUCUUAGGCUACCUAAGUUAGUGUUUAAUUAGUAGGCCUUUGUAAAUGGAACAUUGCCCCAUUGCUUGCCUCUGGCAUUUCAAAUCCACUGCUGCAUUUGCAAGGAGCCAGACAUUAUCUUGCUCAGUCACGGAGUUUGGGAAUAUUAUUUUAGAUUUAGACUUCUGCAUCCUGCAUCAGGCUGCAGUUCUACAGCAGGUUAAGGUGACAUAAGCUUGUGCUGCUAUUGAAAAAGCUUUUCCUACCCUCAGCAGAGACAUUUCUAGAGAGAAGUUUCCUGAGUUAUGCUGGCUCGAGCCAGUCCUGUUAGUGUAGGUCUGUAUAAAAUGCUAGAUAGCUUAUGGCCUGCUGGGUCUGUGCCCCUGCUCUUCCAUGGGGCAGGCGUGGUAAUGCUGCCUUUAUCCCACUCUGUCUUGUCUGAAGUCUCAUUAAGGACCUCAGCUUGCACAUACCCCUACAGCAUUAAACUCAGGAGAGCUCCACCUAUGGCUGGUGGCAUUGAUUUUGGUAUGAAAUUAAAUAUAUGGGGGAAAAGAGAGGAAUUAGAUCGAUAUCUGUACAUGCAAUAAGUCUUAAGACUUAACUGUGCCAUGAUUUUGCUAAUCAGAUAUUGGAGGAAUUAAGGGAUGUGAAAAACAACCUUAACUGCAUCUUGUUCCUCCCUGGAGCCAGGGUGGAAUUAUUCACAAAUAAUAAAUAAUAUUAGGCCCUGCAAGGUUCAUUAAGGGGCUGGGAAGUCAUGACCUCUGCAAAUCUCCAGGCUGCAGAGCACCAAGGUAUACUUCUUACCCAGACGUGGUAACAACUAGGAAUGAUCCUCAGCUGCUUUGCUGAGUGCAGAGUUUUAGCCUCUUUUUAUUACAGCUUCAGUUUAGCAGCGAUGAGAAUGCUGGGCAAGAGGUAAAGGGGCAUCAGGUAACUGAAGAAAGAACCAUCAGCAUCAGUUGCACCUGGGUUUUUUUAACUGUCUGAAAAAGCAAACAUGUUUCUUGUCACUUGCUAUUCAUAUUGUGUCAUGUGUCUAUUUCCAUCAUAGAAGGGGGUGAAUUUAGCACAGGGUAAGCAGCUGUAGGAAACUAAACACCCAAUUGCCUAGUUUUUAUGAGUAGAGGAUUUCUAAAACAUUCUGCUUGCAGAAGACUGCAGUAUUUAUAUCCACACAUGCUUUUUUUCUUGCUUCAGUCACAAAAGAGAAAUAUCUGCCUGCAUACAUUGUUCUUCCUUUGUUUCUUAUCAAAUCUUUUUUCAGAGAGUACAAAGUUCAAGGUUUUUUUUUUAAAAAAACUUUUUUUCUGAAUCAUGAUUUUUAGAACCAGAGCAUUUCCUCUUUCACUUCAGUGUAAAAUUACAGAGCUUUAAUUUGCUAUGCAUCGCACUUUAUAUAAUUUUUUUCACUUUUUGGGCCACGUAUUUUUGAUACACAGAACAGCAAAGGUUUUAUUUAUCUAGUUUUAACUUGAAAUUAACCAUGAAACUAAGAUGUUUUUAUACAAAUGGAAGUUCCCUAAAGUACAGAAAAUAAUCUGUUUGGGUCAGAGACAUUUUUAAUGAUACAUUGAGAAAUAUUAUAGCUUCUGAAAUUAUUUAUCAUUUGGUAAAUUCAAUACAUUAAUGGAUAUCAUGGUUGGAUAUCAUGGUUUAAAGUGGGAUGUAUAUGAGGAGGAGACAAAAAGUUCUAGACAGUAGAUUUCCUUAUAUGCAAAGCCUGCAUUAGUUUAAUUGAUAAGGGUUUAAAAAAAUAGCCUAAUCUAGUUUGAAUAAGUGCAAACCUGAUUUAUAGGCAAGUUUAAAAUGCCAGGAGCUCAUAGAAAUGUGGAAAUUAUUUUAAGUAAAGCCCCCAGGAGCCGUUUCUCCCUGUGCUGUGCAGUGCUGUGCAGUGGGCAGCCUGCAAAGCCCCCGGGCUCUGCAGGCAGAGAACUCGUGCCGGUACAAGGCAGCAGCAGAAGCUGCAGGACAGUACAGAUUUUCCUGCUUUAAACAGCUGUACUCCCAACUUGCAUCAUCUUCCCUUGGUUUUGGUGUUAAGCUUACAGCACUCACACUAUUGCACAUAGUUUGCCAUAACUUGUAGAUGCCAGUUUCAGCAUUUUGAACAAAGAACAGCUACUUUGCCCCAGCACAGAAUCCUUUUAAUCUUAUGGAGCAUGCUGAAAAAUAAAGAGCUUUUUGACUUUUACUUUGUCCAAAUCUUUAUUCCAAAUCACACAAAGAAAAGUGGGGAAAAUAAGGCACAUGGCAGUGAAGAGGGGAGAGAGAGACAGCGAUGCUCAUUUCCUUCCCAGGGUGAAUCAUUCCUGGGCUCCCCUCUCCCAGGCUGAGCAUGUGUGUGCAUGGACCAUGCACAGCUUGGAAGUUAUGUAAAAUCCAUCCUUGCAAAAGCUCUUAGUUGGCCACUUCCCAGAGACCCCAGUUCCUUUUCAGAGGGUUCCAAACAUUCUGCUCAUUUCUACAUCCAUAGGUAAAAGCUACCUGCUGCUCCAAUAGCCUGGGUGUAGUUUCCCAUUGGACUGCAAAUGUGUCACCUUGCCAGUUUUAAUCAAGCUGCAGUUCUUCCUGCAAAAGAUGGGCAUGAUCCAGGUAUUUGUGCAUGUUGCAAAGCUGUUGUGUCCUUCCAGGAACCGCCAGGAGUUCCUGGAGAGAGGCAAGCACACUGCCAGUGGUGUGCAAGCCUUGUGCUUAACACCAGUGGUACCUGUGCUGAAGAGAAGUGCGGACUGAUGUCACCUGUCCAUCCCACCACAGAAAUGAGGGCUGCACAGCAUAGCUCAGCUCUUGGAAUUAUGGGGCAAAGCUUAAGCUUAAAACUUUUAUGGUAGCACUGGGUGUCUGAAAACUCAGUCCGUGUUUGAGGAACAAGUGACAAGCCCUGUCCAAGGUCAUGUUCUGUCAGGCAGCACAAAGAGCAGCUCUGUGGCCCAACUGGUUGCUGUAAUUCCAUGCCUGUUUGAAGGAAGGCUUAGAAGAGAAGACUUGCAGGUGCUAUUCCUUAGCACUCUGGUUUGAUCCUGCCCUGGGCUGGCACAGCACAUUUAGAUAAAGGGCUUCCACUAACAGUGACUUAGGCAUGGCAAAAAACUGUUUCUUGUAAGAGGCAGGUACUUUUCUCAUUCUUACAACAUUAAAAACACAUAACAAAAUGCCACCAAUACAGAGCUUUGUAAAAUUCUCACAGUCCCUUGUAGUACCAGCAGCUGGGGAGAGCUCAAGAAUUCAGAGGACCUUGGCCAUAACUCAUCAAAAGCCUCUGCAGUCUGUUGCCAGUGAAAAUCAUUUAGUGCUGGAUCAAAGCCCUCCAGACUUGGGCCCUGCAAAAUUCCUCUGAGAAUUUUGCUGUUAUUUCAUUUCAAAAAAAUUGUUAAAAUCUUUGUGUCAGCAUAUGAGUCAAUUCUGCCUGCUGAAUCAAGAGUACUUCCAAUGGACUUCAGAUAUCUUGGGAAUUAUUCUCAGUACAAGUCAGGACACUCCAAACAUUUAAGUUGUUUUUCUUAAAUUAAAAACAUUUGCAAAAAUAGCAAUAUGAAUAUUAAUGCCUAAAAGUGGAUGAAAAUAAUUGAGUUAAGGUACUGAGAAGUAUCUGCUUGCACCUGAAACUUUAAAGAAUGACUACUGAAUUCGUGAUUUGUAAGCAUGAGCUCCUGAAUUUUAUCAACACACUAAACCAGCUUGUACAGAGUAAUUUUAUUAAAAAUUGAGAAUGUUUGUUUUUUGCUCAAAUUGCUCAAGUAGUUCAGGUAAUGAAUAAUUUGUUUCUGAUCAAUGCAUUUUAGAAUGAGCAAAUCUUAUCCUCUUGCACUUCUAAUAUUCAUUGUUUGUAUGGAAAAAAAACCUUUACUACUUUUCCAUUUCCCAGUGAAUGAUCAGUUCACUAAGCAAUACGCAGUGUUUCUUGACUUAAGACUGCAAAAUAUGCUUAGAUAAUUUUUCUCUCCUCCAUAUGAAUCUGGUUAUAUGAGAAUCUUACUCUUUUCUAGCUUCAGAAAUUCUUUUUGCAAUUUCCAUAGAUACAGUUGAAUAAAAAUUGCAAGGAAGACUCUAAGUCAAAUGCUAAGUAUAAAUAAAGUACAUGAAACAAACAUGAAGAUAAAGUAUCAUGAGAAAAGUCAAUCCAUUGCUGAAUUAAAUAUUUAUAGAACACAUUGAUUAGCAGAGAGUACUGAUCUUUGUUAAAAUUACAUUUAGAAACAGACCACUGUGUUUUAGUGUCACAAGUGACAAAGGAAUUUUUCUUCAGAAAAAGUGCAAACCAAAAAAAUCCAUUAAACUAGAUCAUUUAGACCAAGAUUUUCUCAAUUUGAGCCCAUCCUGCCUGUUACAUUACUGUUGUAUCUUCAGGAAUGCUCAGGACAACAGACAUUCUCCAUGGGAAGCAGCUAGGUUCAAAAUGUGUCAACUAAAUAAAAGAAAAAUGAGCAAACUCAUAGGAUUUUUUAGUACUAGCUCAGCUAUUGCAAAAAAUGGACCAAAAAAAACCCCAAACCAGCAAAAAAGCGCUACCCACUACUGAACUAGAUUUUCAGCAGUUUAAAAGAACCAUGUUUUGAUCUAGUUCACACACCAUAGCUAAACCCAGGUUUCUGUUGGUUUGCUUGUUUGUCUUUUGGGGUUUUUACUUCUUAACAACCCUGAAAGCAGGGUCUGUCAUUACUGAGAUGACCAUGGUUGAAUAGGAACCUCUUGAAAUUUUAAAAUACAUUAUUAGAGAAACAACAGACUUCAAAUGAAAAACUACUUAAAAUUAUCUCAAAAAAGCAAAAAGAGUUAAUUCUCUAUUUGGGAAAUGCCAUUCAGCUACCAUUAACUCCCAAGCUGUGUGUUUAACUGAGAUUCUGUAGCUUUGUCAGCUCACAUUUUUGUUAAAAGCAGACGAUGAUUAAACUACAUAGCAAAGCACCUCCCUUUGGUCUUUGCAAAUGAAUGUAUACAUACAAACUAUGCAUUUUCACACAGCUGCAUACCGUAUCUUGAAUCACUUCAACCUUUUCCCCGAGCUUAGAAACCCCCAAACUCCAGGACCUGAAGGUGUUCCCACCUCCUUCGGCAGAUAUUUGUCUCCUGUCUUGUUUCUACUCUCCAAAAAAACUUAGGUACAGGACAAAGCAAUGCUGAGCUGCACAGCCCCAGGUGCAGAGGGGCCUGGGGCCGCCCCAGCACCCGGGAUGCUGAGCCAGAGUGCCAGAGGGGCUGGUCCCCAGCCCCUCUGGCACUCUGGCUCAGCAUCCCGGGUGCUGGGGCGGCUCAGCAUCCCGGGUGCUGGGGCAGGCGAGCAGGACCAGCAUCUUCUCUCACCACACUCAGGAGGAGUUUGCAGCCACACUCAGCCCAGCUGUGCCAAGGAGAGGCCCCUGAGCUUGCAGAGGUCAUCCUCCCCUUUGGGACAGCCUUUCCAGCCAUCCCAGGUUCCUUCUGCCCAUCCCUUCCCCACGGUGGCUCCGAAGAUGUUCUCACCACUCAGACCUGCAGUGCCCAAAGUGCUCAGCCCUUCCUCCUGAUCACUGCGGGACUUUAGGGCUGGGGUGUGCGAGGGAUAAAGGAUCAGAGUUUGGGUUUAGUGUACCUGCUGCUGGAAAGAUGGAAAAGAUGGAAAGAUGGAAAAUGGAUGUCUUGUUCUUGUAGCUGGUGUAAUUAAAGACGGAAAGAAGGUACUGCGUGCAACAUUUCUUACUUAAAUUUUGAGUUGUCGCUGUAAUAUACAUCAGCCCAGUCUACUCAAUGAAGUGUGUUUCUUAUGCUUUAUCCUACAGGAAAAAAGACCAAAAAAGUAGAAGUAAUAAGAAUAUCCUUGCUUUAGACUAAAGCAAGCAUGGACUUAACAACAAAGAUUUUGUUUAUAUGCAAACUGUUUAGAUAUUUCAUACCAGUAUGAAGGCAGUCGUAGUCUUAUGUAUCCAGAGAUUUGCACUCAUCUAGGUUAUGUUUAUUAAAAACAUUUUUGUGGUAUAUAUUUGUAUUUGAGGGGCCAAGUUUUUAAUUUUAUAUUCUUUACAAGAAUUAGUGUGGCAAUUAUGUUUUUCCAUUUACUGAGCUACCUGCCCAUGCUAUUUGUUCAUUUGUAUAAAGAAUAUUUCCAAUACUUCGGAGAUUUUUGGGUGGUGUUUUCAAAGGGAACCUGCCCCAGAGGGUUCCACAGGAUUGUCCAGCAUGAGUGGGAGGCUCUCAGGAGCAGCAGAUCACCCUUACCAGGACAUGGGCUGUCACUGCAACAAACACACAUGGAUUCACUUCCCUGCAAUCUACAACUGCCCUGUGGGCCUGGGGUAGCUCCAACUGCAGUCCCUCAAAUCAAAGCUCUGACUGACAUUGUCAGUCCUUUGCUGUCACUUACUAUCACAAAGUUAACUUUUUACAACGAGGAAGCGCUUCCAACUCUGGCACUGAUGGAAAUACUGAAUACUUUUAAUAUAUAUAUAUAUCUAUAUAUAUUUGGAAAGUAUUUGAACAGUGUUUUGUCUUUUUUUAUACAACUUUUAGCCAAAUAGAAAAAUUCUGAUUAUUACUUCUGUGGAUACCUGUCCACCUGUAAAUAAACUUAUAUAUUCAGGUACAUGAACCUGAAGAAAAAAAUAAUAAAGACUGUUCAGGGGCUAUGCGCUUUGCUAGCUCCUGGUUCCUUUGUACAUAAGAGGUAACUGUUUAAAUGUUGGGUGGGUUUUUUUUUUUAAUUUGCUUGUUCCUCUAAAGAAAGAAGAAGAAAAAAACUUUUGACUUUGUUUUCUCUUUUCUGAGUUAAUACAAAGAUUUUCUAACUUUUUACUGCAGAAAUGGAUAAAUACCUGGUGCUAAGUGAAUGUGAGUCAAACUGGCCAUAGCAGACACACCAGUUAGAAUGCACUUUUCCUGUGGCACACAAUGUAUUUUCUCAGAAGGGACCUUCAAAGAACUGUCAGAUGUUUACAUUUCUUCUUGUUGCCCCAAAUAGUUUUGAAUAUUCAAAUAACUUCCAAAAAUAAAAUCAUGGUCCAUUACUGAUGUGACAAAUCCUUACAUUUAAGUAUCUACAACAGCUUUGUACAAAUACCAUUUUAGAGAUAGUUGAAAUAUUGGGCUUUCAUACUUUGUAAUGCUUUGAUGUGACAAUAAAUAUGCUGUUGCUAUCUAGUCUAACCUCAUUGUAGACCUGUAACUCCCUGUUUCUGGUUAUGUCAUGAAUUGCACUGGCUUGAAUUCAGCCAAAUACUGACUGUUCAGCUGAAAUAUUCCGACUGUUAUGAUGUCCACAAAACAUUAAUUAAAUGCACUUGUAUCUGACUACCAUGGAGUAUGUCAAAUUAUUCAUGUAAUAAAUCCCUUGUGUAUAA